UAUGAUGAUUAGCGUAUAACCAGAGUGACACGUCGCAAAUUCAGCAUAAUCAAGGAGAACCCUUCCAGGUGGUGAUCUCUGAAAUUGCUCAGUGAGCACCCCUAAUUAACCUGAUUUUUUGGUGAUAAUCACUCACAAUGGAAUCAAAUCAAAAAUCCGGGGAUGGAUUGGCCGGCACACAGAAAGAAGCUACCCUCCGCACAUUAAUGCAGCGCACGGGAUAUAGUUUGAUUCAGGAAAAUGGCCAAAGGAAAUAUGGAGGGCCACCACCAGGCUGGGAUGGACCACCACCAGAAAGAGGCUGUGAGAUCUUUAUUGGAAAAUUACCCCGUGACCUCUUUGAAGACGAACUCAUCCCGUUAUGUGAAAAAAUUGGAAAAAUCUAUGAAAUGCGGAUGAUGAUGGACUUCAAUGGAAACAACAGGGGAUAUGCUUUUGUGACAUUCUCUAACAAACAGGAGGCCAAAAAUGCAAUCAGGCAACUGAAUAAUUAUGAAAUUAGGAAUGGUCGACUCCUAGGGGUUUGUGCCAGUGUAGACAACUGCCGUUUAUUUGUAGGAGGAAUCCCGAAAACGAAGAGGAGGGAAGAAAUUUUGGCAGAGAUGAGGAAAGUUACAGAUGGUGUCAUUGAUGUCAUUGUAUAUCCCAGUGCUGCCGAUAAAGCCAAGAAUCGUGGUUUCGCUUUUGUGGAAUAUGGAAGCCAUCGGGCAGCAGCUAUGGCAAGGCGGAAACUGCUGCCAGGAAGGAUACAAUUAUGGGGACAUCCCAUAGCCGUAGACUGGGCAGAGCCAGAGGUUGAGGUUGAUGAAGAUACAAUGUCAUCAGUCAAAAUCCUCUAUGUGCGAAACCUUAUGUUAUCAACCACAGAAGAGACAAUUGAAAAAGAAUUCAACAAUAUUAAACCAGGGUCAGUAGAACGGGUAAAGAAAAUCAGAGACUAUGCAUUUGUGCACUUUAAUAACAGAGAAGAUGCUGUUGAAGCCAUGAAAGUGUUAAAUGGGAAGGUGGUGGAUGGCUCUCCCAUUGAAGUCACAUUAGCCAAGCCAGUAGACAAAGACAGCUAUGUUAGAUACACCAGAGGCACAGGAGGGCGAGGAACAGUAUUGCCAGAAUACACUUAUACAUUUGGGCACGUAUAUGAUCCUACUGCAGCCUACCUGGGAGCCCCAGUAUUCUAUGCACCUCAAGCCUAUGCUGCUAUUCCCAACCUUCAUUUUCCAGCUGCGAAAGGACAUCUCACCAACAGGGGCAUUAUCAGGCCACCAUCCAUUAGAGAAAUUUACAUGAAUGUACCUGUAGGGGCUGCCGGAGUUAGAGGACUAGGAGGACGUGGCUACUUGGCUAACCCUGCCCUGGGUCGUGCAUACCAGCUCAAGGGAGAAAAAAGAGGGGAGGACAAGCUCUACGACCUUUUGCCGGGAAUGGAGCUUACGCCAAUGAAUCAUGGCAGAUUAAAACCGCAAGGAAUCAAACUUGCUCCACAGAUAUUAGAAGAGAUCUGCCAGAAGAAUAACUGGGGACAGCCAGUCUACCAACUUCAUUCUGCCAUUGGACAAGACCAAAGACAACUGUUCUUGUACAAAAUCACCAUUCCUGCCCUUGCCAGUCAAAAUCCAACUAUGCAUCCUUUCACGCCAUCCAAGCUAAGUGCCUAUGUAGAUGAAGCCAAAACGUACGCAGCAGAAUAUACUCUUCAGACCUUGGGCAUUUCCAUUGAAGGAACAGAGGCCCCUGCGGCUACAGCAACUUUCCCAGGAUACAUUGCUAAUGCAACUGCCGCGGUGACAGCUACUCAGCUCAAGCAAGCAGUGACUCUGGGACAAGAUUUGGCAACCUACGCAACCUACGAAGCUUAUCCAGCAUUUGCAGUAGCUACUCGGAGUGAUGGAUAUGGAGCAUUCUAAAAAAAAA